UUUGUUUGGUUACUGAGAAAGUUGAUGAAUGUAAAAGAGUUGUACCUCUUCUUCAUUAGAUAACCAAAUCCUUUCUGGGUUAAACUUAGCCCGAAAGUAUUUGAGCUAAAAAACAAAAAAACUGUUUUUAGAGAAAAAUUCAGAAAACAACUUAAGUGUGUUUUCAAAAUUCUCAGAAAACAAACAAAGAGCAAAUGAGAGAACAACAAUGGAGUUCUUCCCUACGAAGUGCUUUGGCUCCAAUGGUUCUACACUGAUCUCAGCCUCAACAUCUCCAUUCUCUUGAGCAUUUCACUCAAUCAAGGUAUGGAUCACAUCUUUAUAUGCAUGGACUAUAAUGGUGAGCGGAAGAUUACAAGUAAUCGUAUUUGGGAAUGGUUUGGUACUGGUUGCAACAAGGGAUUUGUGGUUGACCGGAGUAUCAAGUUUCAUCAACUAGUGAAUAAAGUCUAUGAAAAAGUAGGUGUUGAUCGAAAUUUAUAUGAAAUUGAAAUAACUCAUAAGGUGGCUAGUGAAACAUUCAACAAGAUGGCAACAAGUAAGAUUUGUGGUGAUUCUGAUGUAGAGGAUCUGUUGAAGGAGUUGUACAAAGCUAAAGAAGUGAUUCCUUUGUAUGUGUGCAUCUAAAAGAAUAAUGAUAAAGGAAAGAUGAAGCUUGUCAAUGAUGGUGAUGGUGAUGGAUUCACUGGUGAUGAUGUUGAAUUUGGUUGUGAUGAUGAUGUUUUUGACAAUGGAAGCUUUUACGAUAACUAUUUUGGGUGUCAUGUAAUAGAUCAAUUUCCAAAUGAUCCAAGCUAUGUCCCGAGUGAAGAUAUAGCGCAGAGUGGUGAAGACAUCAUUGGUUCCAAUCCCACACCAGAUGAUAUAGUACAUGAGGGAGGUAACAAUGUACUCGAGGAAUGUGAUAAAGUAGUUCAAGAAAGUAAUGAUGUAAUUGGGAAUGACAAUAUAGUCGGGGGAAGUCAGAUUAUCCCUUAUCAACAUUUUAAUACAUUUAUGGGAAAUUUUGCACAAUUUAAUAGAGAAGCAAGUGAAAAUAGUUGCAGACAUGAUGGAUCUGAUUUUAAAGUGGGUCAACACUUUGUGAGUAAGGAUGAUUUGAGUUAUUAUCUUAGCAUCAUCGCCAUUAAUGGAGAUUUGAAAUGCGAACAACCAAAUCAACCAAGUCUGUAAAGGAGGUUCGUUGUAUUAAUGAAAAUUGCUCAUGGAGAGUCCGUGCUACAAAGAUGAAAGAUUCACAUUUCUUUGUCAUUUGACAAUACUAUGGUCUUCACAGUUGCUCAUUAAUGAACCGAAAUGCCAAUCAUAGACAAGCAUCCAGUCGUGUUAUUGGUUCUCGUGUACAGGGACACUUUAAGAAUAUUAAAGACCCACUCAACCCAAGAAGCCUCGCAGGAUUCAUGCGUGAGGAAAUGAAAGUUCAAGUUGGAAAGGAAAACAAUGGGGUCAAAAUUUGAUUAGAGGAACGGUCAAAGAAAAUUUUUCCUUGCUCCCUUCGUAUUGUCACAUGUUGAAGCGGGCAAAUCCAGGUACAGUUACCCACAUUGAACUUGAUUCAGAAUAUAAGUUCAAGUACUUUUUUAUGGCUUUAGGUGUGGCCAUAAGAGGGUUCACUUACAUGAGGAAAGUAAUUGGUAUUGAUGCGACUUGGAUCAAAACUAAGCAUAAGGGUGUGUUAUUAGUAGCAACUACACAAGAUAGUGAAUAUCAUACUUACCCCAUUGCAUGAGGUUUGGUUGACAGUGAGAAUAACGCUUCAUGGACAUGGUUCUUAGAGAAGUUGAAGGAGUUGAUACCUGAUAGCU